AUGUACGUUCACUGCAAAGAAGGCACGGGACGCAGUGUGGCGGUGACCUUGUGUUGGCUCGUGGCUGCUCGUGAAAUGGAUUCUUUAGCGGCACAAGAGUAUCUGAGUGGGAAACGCCACGUGCGCAAAGUCGCUUUACUUGCAUCCAGAUGGAUGGAGUGCUGCCAAGGAGAAGGAAAAAAACUCUGGAUUCUGUCCGAUCAGAAACUUCGCGUCGAGAACGUCAAUGCGUUGCUGGAUAUCCACAUGGCGAACUUUGAACGGUACAUGAUCGAGAAAAUGAAGUUGGCGCGCUCGCAUUCGUUUUACCAUGCAAAAGGCCUGGGACUCUUUGCGGUGCCAUGUCAAUCUAUUGCAAAGCUUUACACUGCCAACGUAGGACAUCUGAAAGGGGCAGCGCAAGUGAGGCACAAGCGAGCCCGAAGAUAUAGUAGAAAAGCAAGGUGCAUGCUGGAGAGGCGGGGCAAAGAAAAGGAGUUCAAGGACGUGACGGGCGUCAUGGAAGGCGUGCAGUCGUACUUUGACCGAGACGUGAGCUCCUGCUGUACCGCAUUGAGCGUCGACGGUACAAGGAGCUACGGCAGAAACAGACGGAGAGUGUGCCGCUUGUAUCCACCCCUGGGUGGGGAUCUUGUCCACUUUGAGUCGCACAUCGCUUUGACUACACUUACGAAAUCCCCUCAAGUCGUAGUCGUUGUCGUUGGCUGGCAAAAAUGA